CUUUCUUCCCUGAAUGAAAAGCUUCCUCAAGGAGCAAAGAUUGUUAGCUUCUCAGAACCUGUGCUGCCUCUCUAGAACCAAGCUCCAUAUGUGUUUGAAGAGGAAGCAAGAGGAUGUUGUGGGACCAGAAACGUUGAGCUUGCAGUAUUCUGUGUUGUUCCAGCAGCCUGCCUUGAUGCAAUCAGGUCUCCUUCCAUUUUAGUUUCGUUUUAGAGCAUAAUUGCUUCGCCA